GACUCACGACAUCACCCUGACCCCCAUGACGACCGGUUACAACAUGUCGACGCUGGAGUGCUGCCCUGUGUCGGCCAAGGACGGAUCCUUCACCUCCGCACCUACGCCACCCAGCCUGCUUCCCAUCAUGGUACCGCGCAACGACUCUUGGUACUCGCGCUACGGAGAGAUAUGUCUCAGUUUCUCCCGCUCGAGCUUAACCCCCGUCGAGUUACUCAAACUGGGCGUGAGAGAACAGAUGAAUGAAUUAACGUCGUACAUUGACACGUCCAACAUCUACGGAUCUACGGAGGAGAAAGCUGCCAGACUGAGGCUGUUCCGCGGAGGUCUGAUGCGUUGGAGGAACCACCCAGAAGGAUCCAGACUGAAACCUCUGCUUCCUUUCGCCUCGGGAAUCGAUGCCUGCAUACCCGAGAACCACCGAUUCAUCAAGUGUUUCGAAGCAGGCGACGAACGCGUCAACGAGCAGAUGGCCCUCGCGUCGAUGCACACCAUCUGGAUGCGAGAACACAACCGUAUGGCGUCUGCUCUCGGAAAGCUGAACCCGCACUGGGACGACGAGACGAUUUAUCAGGAGUCGCGUCGCGUCAUCGUCGCAAUGAACCAGUACAUCACCUACAACGAGUUCCUGCCCGUCGUCCUCGGCAAGCGCUACAUGGACGAGAACGGACUGAGUCUCGUCGACAACGGCUACGGGUACGGCUACGACGAGAACGUCGAUCCGUCGUCGACGAAUGUCUUCGCGACGGCCGCCUUCCGCUUCGGACACACGCUGCUGCCGAAUCAGGUGGCGCGGCCCGGAGCCUCCCACUACAAUCCGCGCGACGACAUCGACCUGUCCGACCUGUUCUUCCGUCCGUUCGUGCUCUACAGCGGCAAGCAUCCGCGCGGCGUCGAUGCACUGAUGAGAGGCAUCGCGUCGGCACCGGCCGAGACGUUCGACAGACACAUCGCGCGAGAACGAGCGCCGACAGGAAAGAGGAAAGAUUGA